UGCGGUUUGUUAUAUGUAUUUCUAAGUAAUUUGUAAAUAUAAAACAGUAGUUAUUACCAAAAAGGAUUGUCGUUCGCCCUCGUUAAACAAAAUUCAGAAUAUUCUGUGGAUCCUCAUAUGCAGACGAGGAAGAUACUUACAAUUAAAGACGUAUAUAAAUGAAGACUGGAUGACUCUCGAUCAUCACUUCCCGACAGGAAAUCUCAUCUUAAAACGGGGAAACAAAACAUAUUCACCAAUUUGUACAUCUGAAUCCUACGUCUGAAUCAUGGAGAAGUUUUACAGAUUUUUGUGUCUUGGAUUAUUUCUGUAUUGUUUGACACCUGUUGUGAGCUCUAUCGGAAAAGACAAAGAUAAAGAAUCCGAGGAUGCACCACUGCAGAGAAAUAAAAGACAAUGUACAAGUUCAGGAUUUGCAAGUAUAGUCAGCGGUGGUUGUAACUUACCAAACGUUUCCCUUAAUACUACAUCCUACACGAUACCAGCUGGUAGUUCAGUGUCCCUAGAAUGCACGGUAUCAAGUCAAAGUACAAUAACAUCAGUCUUCUGGACCAAGUAUACAGAUACCGAUACUAGUAGAAGGAUCAAUAGUACAGGUACAAACAAGUACAGAGGAGGUACACCAGACACACCAUCUUUGACUAUAUCUAAGGCUGUACUUAGUGAUGCAGGACAAUACAGAUGUUCUGCUGUUAAUCGCGAUGGAACAGGACAUAGUACUAGUAAAAUCACGCUUCAUGUCACAGAAUCAUGUGGAGGAAACUUUACAGCAAAGGCAGGAACAGUUAUCUUUCCCGCCAUUGAUAAUAGAAAAGUCUGCUUUUAUCAGAUUACUUUACGGACGAAUUACAAAGUAUCAAUUAGCUUUAUCAAUAGAAGUGGUUGGUCAAAUACUGGAUACACAAUAAAGAUUUAUGAUGGUUCUAGUAGCAACGGUUCUUCAAUAGCCACUAUAAUAUUCUUGAGUAGCCCUUCUUAUUAUAACUCAUCAAGUAACAACAUGUUUAUUGAAUAUUCUCGAUAUGGUGGUGAAUUAGACAGUAUAGAGGCGUCAUACCAAGGCAUUAUUAAAGCCUCGUCCUUAAAUCGAGAAAAACGAACAGCAUCAUAUUCAAAAUUUGUUGGAGAACAGGUAACUUUAUCAUGCCCACUACAAUUAGUCGGAAUCACAGUACGGAAAAUACAAUGGACAUUUAUCAACAACACAGGAUAUAGCAUUGACCCAAUUAUAUUUUCCUUUUCUUUAAUGAAAUACCAAGGGGCUUCCAUCUACACUCCGUCUCUCACUAUCAAAAAUUUAGAUCUUAGUGAUAAUGGAAUAUACAGGUGUCGGGCCAUUAAUGCGACUACUAGUACUACUAGUUUACCUGUAAAUCUGACAGUCAAUACAGUGACACCUAAUUUACCUGUGGUUUCCACAGACAAUACGGUAACAACUAGUUCACCUGUGGUUUCAACACACAAUACAGUAACAACUAGUUUACCUGUGGUUUCUACAGACAAUACAGUAACAACUAGUUCACCUGUGAUUCCAACAGACAAUACAGUAACAACUAGUUUACCUGUGGAUCUCAUAGUAACUACAGAAACGACUACUUUAACAGCAAAGCCUCCAGUGGUGUCAACAGAUAAAACGUUAGUUAACGUUAUAUAUGGACACUCAGCAAAGCUCUCUUGUAUAGUCUCUUCAAAGUCGCCAAUACAAUCGGUUACGUGGGAAAAAAAAGUUGGUUCUACAGUGGAAAAAUUACAGAUACACAGUAAUGAGGGAAAAUAUCAGGGUGGAAACGUGACAAAUCCUUCACUUACUAUCCUGAAUGUUGAUGGGAACGAUAGCGGAAAUUAUACUUGUACUGCCAGUAAUAGUGUAGGAAAUGGAAGUGCUGAUACUAUACGAAUCGUUGUUAUUGAUAUUGAUGAAUGCCAGAACCAUACCUUAAACAAUUGUGUACAAGAUUGUGAAAACACAUUUGGUUCAUUUGUUUGUCAGUGUUGGAAAGGUUACACGGGUGAUGGGAACACGAAUUGUAAAGUAGAUAACGCCCAAAUAGAAAAAUAUUUAAGAACUGCAGUGAUUUCUAUAACGGUUGAAGGACCAUAUAAAUGGAAUGCCAGCUUGUAUGACGUUGAUUCUAACUAUUACAAAUACUUCACAUCGCAGUUUGUUAAAACGGCUAAUGAAAUUGGCCAAACACAUCCUGGAUACAGAGAAACAAAGAUUAUAAGUUUAAGACCUGGAAGCAUAGAUGUAGAUCAAGGUAUCAUAGUGGACAAGUCAUCAAAUUUACCAAUGCUUCUUCAAACGAUACAAAGGAACGUCGAUAUGCAAACAUUUGGAAACUUCACAGUCACGAAUGAAACUUUUCAGAUCGUCCAGGGUUUGGGAUACAUAACUGAUAUCACUAUUAAUGAAAACAUUACUGGUACUGAAGGAGCUAUAGCUACAGCAGAAUGUAUAGUGGAUGCAGUAUCCAUAACUGGAAAUAUUGAAUAUCAAUGGAAGUUAAAUGAUGUUAAAAUAAACCCAACAAAGAUAUCUAGAAUACAAGUGUUGUACAGUAAGAUAACAAGUACAAAAUACAACUCUACUCUUGUGAUCAAAAAUUUAAAGAGACAAGAUAAAGGAAAUUUAACAUGUGAGGCAAGACUUGGUAACAAAACUGAAAUCAGAUCAACCCAGAUAUAUCUUUAUUCAUUCAAACUUGAAAGUGACUCAUCAUUCGUCAUUAGCAAUGGGAGUGAUAUCAACGUCACGUGUACAAUUCUACCUCCUACUAAAUCAGCAAAUGACUUGAAAAUGUGUUUAAAUGGAAAGGUUAUUCCUGAUUCUAAGAUGAUUUUAAAGGCUAACAUUGCAGAGUUGAAAUUGACCACAUUGAAAACCCAAACAACUGUUGGAUGUAGUUGGAAAACUGACAAAGAUUGCUCCGAAACCAGGAUAAUAAAGAUAUUUAAUCCGAAAAUUGUCCCAUGUUUAGAGGAAGUUGACGCAAACAAUAUCACAUGGGAGAAAACUCACCCUGGUAUUACCAAUGAACAAUCAUGCCCGUCUGGAUAUUUAGGUUUAGCUUCCAGAUAUUGCGAACUUCAAAAUUCCAAAGGCAUGUGGAGAGAACCAAACCUGGUUGCAUGCACUAGAAAAGUAUUUGCAUCUAUUUCUGAUCAACUUCACAAUAUUCAAGAUGGCUUACAAGUGGAUACAUUAGCUAAUGUGUUGAAAGUGUUUUCAAAUGAGAGUAAAGACAUUUUGAAUAGCAACAAAUCAACUGCGAGUGAUAUCAGGUCCGGUGUAGAAAUUUUAAGAACGGCAUCAAGUAUUGUUUCUAAUAGAGAAGAAAUCAUAACAAAAGAGGAAACAGACGAUUUUUUUACUGCCACGGAUAACAUAUUAUCAAGUGAAACAGACAAAUCAUGGAAAGAAUUCUAUACCAAGACUGGAGAAAACAAGGCUGGUCAAAUGAUGAGCAUUGUUUCAAAUGUUAGUGAUUCAGUUUUAAAGUCACUCAAAAAGAACGAAUCUAGAAGUAUUGUAGGCGACAAUAUUGUUUUAGAAAUCGGAAAUGCAGAUAUUGGCGACGUCAGGUUUCCAGGGAAUGAAAUUCGAAAUAAAACACCGAGUUUUCAAAACAAAGUAGUUCUAUUAGAAAAGACAAUUACUGAUAGUUUAAAGACAAAUGGUACAAUACAGUACUCAGCGGUGUUAUAUAAAACAAUAUCACAACUGCUACCUACCAGUAACAACGCGUCACAGAACAUAGUUGGAUCACCAGUUAUGGCGUUUUCCAUUCCGCAAGAUCAAAUUUUGAAAAAGCUUAGCCCACCUCUUCAGUUAUAUUUUGAAACAAUUAAGUCAAACCUCACAAAGAAGCAGUGUUCUUUUUGGAAUUUUGAUCUACCGAAUGGUGGUAACUGGGCUACAGAUGGAUGUGAAACUGCCUAUAUGAAUGACAGCAUUACUGAAUGCAGAUGUAAUCAUUUGACAAACUUUGCAGUUAUACUAAGCUUGGAAGAUAUAACUGACGAACAUCACGAAAUAAUGUCGACUAUGUCUUUGGUUGGCUGUAUCAUAUCAUUGAUAUGUUUAUUCAUCACAAUAAUGGUAUACAGUUUAGAAUGGAAGAAUCUUACAUCUGAUAAGUCUGUGAUAUUGAUGAUAAUGUGUGUUGCAUUGGUAUUGGCCUAUAUCGCAUUUUUAGCUGGAAUAAACAAAACUGACAAUAAGGAUGCGUGUACUGCUGUUGCCUUGAUACUUCAUUUACUUUUCCUGAUUGUUCUAUUUACAAUGUUAGCAGAAGGGAUAAUUCAUGCAGUAUUAGUUGUGGCGGUGUUCCCACCGAGGAGAUCCAUCAACAGAAUUCUAAUUCCUUUGAUAUUUGUUAUUCCUUUUGGCAUAGUUCUUAUAUCUGCAAGUGUCACCCAGUUAGAAGGAUAUGGAACAAGUAAAUUCUGUUGGUUGUCAAGAGAAAAUGGACUGAUAUAUGCCUUCUUUGUGCCCUGUUUACUUGUCAUUUUAUCGAAUUUCGUGAUAACUGGAUUGAUUUUGAGGAAACUGUUUUCAACACGAGCCACCAUGAGCAAAACAAAAAAGGAAAAACUAAUAACUGGAGUCCGAAGUAUUGCCAUCUUAUCACCUGUGUUUGGUCUAACAUGGUUGUUUGGUAUGUUUUCAUUCCAUAAGAGUACUGUUGUGUUCAGCUACCUAUUUGUAAUUUUCAACUCUUUACAGGGUUUGUUUAUAUUUAUCCUGCACGGAAUAUAUAAUCAGAAUGUAAAGAAAUCUAUGAAAAGAAGAGUUUCAAGGAUGAGAAAGGAGAGAGAACUUACUUCAUCAAAAAUGACAGAAAGUACAAACACAUGGAAUAUCUUUAAAAAGAAGAAAGAGAAGAGAUCUGGAACAUCAAACUUUUUGUCUGAAACAGGUACAUCCGGGUCAGCUGUAGCAAAUCCAGUAUACAGUGCAACAUCAGUCGGACAAGAGGAGACAAGUGCUUUUGUACAGGAGACCAUGAAUGAAAAAGAAGCAUUACAUGUUAAGGAAGAAGAAGCAUCACAUGUUAAGGAUGAACAAGUAUCUAAUGUUAAGGAUGAAACAGGUACUAAGGCGCAGUCUCUUGUAAAUCCAUUGUAUGACGCAACGUGUGACAAUAGCCGAUUGUGAGGAGAAAACAGCUGCUUAUCUGCAGACAAGAAAGUGGUUUUAUAAUCAGGAGAGAAAAUUGAAAGUGCCAAAGGAUUGAAAUAUUGUGUAAAUUGUGCUUUUUUCAUCAUCAUCACCAAUAUUUAAUUGUGAAUAAAAACUACUGAAUUUAAUGCCAAAAAGGUUGCUAUUUCGGCUUGUAUAAUUUUUAUAACAUAUACAUUAGUUCUGAAUGAUAUUUUGUGUUGUUUGCGGGUGCCAAGCAAUCAGCAAUAUAACAUAUAUAACACUUUAUUAUUAUAUUAAAGUUUUACGAGGCGACUUACCUGGUAUGGAACUUGCGCCCUUAACAUUUGUCAUACGUGUUGUUAUUUAUAGUUUCAGGUGUAUUUUUUCUAAAAAAAAUUAUUUAGCGCUAUUGAUGAUUGUUUGCCUUUAAUUGCAAAUUCUAUUUAAUAAUAUGAUUUCAGAAUUUUGCAUAUCCAAAAAUAAUGUUCAUUAUCUUCGAUGACAUUACAUAUAUUGCAUAGUGGACUUUUAGUUAUUUCCAAGAGAAAAGUAAUUGUUUGGCUUGAAGAAUGUAAUGUAGAAAUUUCCAUCUUAACUUUUUGAAUUAUUGUCUAGUAUAUAGCUAAAUAUAUAGUACAGGAUUUUAUGUCUUUUGAUUGUGUUGUUUUCGUAAAUAAACAUGUUUGAAAACCUAUUUUUUCAACGGCAAUUUUCUAAGCGCUUAGACAUUUCCAGUGCACCGUUACAAUUCAAAUAUGAUGUAAUGGUAUGGAAUAACCUUGCAGCUUGGUAACUAUUGACACAAAUAUGCUACAAUUGAGAAAAAUGACUAAAGAUUUUACCUAUCUGCCGUCGCCAUAUUGGGAUAGUCGUACGAUUAUCUCUUUAAUACCAGUGAUAUUGUUGAAGUUCAUUUCAAUUAUAAGGAAAGCUUGUCCAAUGUUAUCAAAAUCAAAUUUUGAUAUGACUUUCCAAUUGGGUAAUUGGUCUUGUUAUCAAUGAGUUUUUUACCCAAUUAAUAUUUAUAUCUCUGUCUAUCAUUUUGAGCCCACGAGCAUGGUAAUUUUUACUUAUUAUAACUCUUUUAAUUUUUUCUAGUUAAUUGUUCCAUAUACAACUAUGUAUCAAUUUUUCUAUAUUUUGUAUUCUUUAUCAUUUCUGUUUCUGAUGCAAUAUGUUAAGUGAUAUACGAUAUAAGAUUAAUGGUUAACAACAGUUAUCUAACUUAACAUAGUUACAUUUAAAUUUCUAGUUAUUUCUUGUAACUAGUUAUUACUCUUUUGAUAUUUUCUUCACAAAAUGUGUCCAUAUAUACCAAUAAAAGUUAGCUCCUACAUUACUGACCUCCAUGAAAUAUUCAGGGUUCAAUUCUGUUUUCGGUUGUUAAUUGUCAAUUUGUCAAUAUUCCUCACAUAAGUUCAUAAUAUAAUCUGCUAAUGUUUGGUUUAUUUCAUGAAAACAUGAAGAAAUAUGCAAAACCUGUAGCGUUGAUUUAUCUUAAACGUUUUACAGUUUGUAGACAACUGCUGCAGAUAACUUUAUAUAACUGUUUACAAUUAUUGUAUAUAACAUGCCCUGUAUGGCCGAUGAUAUGUUCAAUAAAAUAUUGAUAUUUGUAAUAUUUCUCUUCAAGUUGAAAUUUAUUGAUUAUUUAAGUAAAGUCAUGCAUUUCCCUUAUUCACUGGUCUCAUUCCUUUUAUCUGUGUUGUCCUACAUUUAGUUAAAAGAAAAAUCCGGACAAAGAAUAAGAGAUAUGCGCAAAGGAGAUACAUUUCUUGAUUCUUAAGUACAUAUACCAUUUAACAAACAUUUAUCCAAAGUAGAAAAAGUGUAAAAUAACAUUUACAGGACAAGGUCUUGAGAAUAUGUAACUUCGUUUCGUGUGUAUUUUAGUCUUAGGCACCAUCUAAUUGACUAUCGAGUUAAAACCUCCGAUGGUAAAUAAGCGAUAUACACAUUUAUAUAGAUAUUAAUAGAAAUAGAAAGUGAACUUGUGCAAUUGUAUUUUUCUAUGUUUGUUUAAUUUCAUAUUAAAGAUAUUCAAAUUAAAAACAUAUAUUAAUCAU